AUGCGAAUGGGGCAGUGGGAGACGGGCAAAAUCUUCCUGGAUCGCUUCCAUGCCGGACCGAAUGUAAGAUCGUGCGGACAGUUUGGCACGCAGCGAUUACUCGAGGAAGCAGUAAAAUAUCCAGAUAGGGGCUUUGUGCGCGAGAUAUUGGAGCAGCGGAAAAAGUACAGGGGGUGUCUGACUAAGAGUGAGAUGCGGUAUAUCUACAGUAUCGCCACGCCGUCUGUUCUGCGGUUCUUGAUUGAGAAUGAGUAUAUCGAUCCGAAUGUCUCGGGCGGAAACACUCCUCUGAGAUGGGCUGUGUAUCAUCAACGCUACGACCUCGCGUGUAUACUGCUCCAGUAUGGCGCGCGUGUUGAUGGCGUGCCGUUGGACGGGAAGCCGGUUACUGCUCUGUGUCAUGCCGCCAGGACUGGAUACUGCGGCACCAGUGACAGGCCCUUGCCAGGUGUCAGAUUUCUUCUUGAGAAUGGAGCCGACCCGGCCUUGGGAAUACGGGAACGAAGUGGCUUUGCGUCGUGA